UCCCGUAGGCGUCUCCUUGAAAAGCGCUAUCCUGGAGGAAGGCUCGCUGCUUGACAGCUCGCGUUGUCUGUCCUCGAUUUAACCAUAAACGAGAAACAUGGAUGUAACACGCUGUUUCUUGCUUUAAAAACCCGUCCCGUUUCACGCCAGAGAGGCCUUUUCGGUUUCCGCUGGUUUUGUAGACCGUCGUCAUCGCAAUGGCACGCGCCCGCCUGAGCCGCUCCAAUAAUGGCACUUGAAUCCAGGCCCACCUUCUGGAUCCCCAACUUUCUAUACAAAGUUGUCUGCUUCUGUCUCCGGAUCAGCCGUGUAUAAUCCCAACUGUGUCACCCCAUCAUCCACCGACAGUAACUAACCAUUGACCUGGACCCAGCACCUGGGCUUUGUGGUCAUGUCUAGCCCUAGCAGUAGUCCAGAGAGAGAGGGAAGGGACACAGGGUCAGUUCAGCUGGAGAACCUUGGCUCUCCAGCAUGUCAGGAGGCAGACCCGCUCUCCAUUGGCAGCCCUGUGCUGAGCCCAGACUCCAGUUCCCAUGAUGCUGCUCUCUCUGCACCAGCAGUCUCGCCUGCUGACUCAGAGAAUCUCAGUCCGGAUGAACUGGAGCUGCUGGCUAAAUUGGAGGAACAGAAUAGGCUCCUGGAGGCCGAUUCCAAGUCCAUGCGCUCUAUGAGCGGCUCUCGCAGGAACAGCGGCUCCUCACUGGUGUCCAGCUCCUCAGCCUCGUCUAACCUCUCGCAUCUGGAGGAGGACACCUGGAUCCUGUGGGGACGCAUUGUUAACGAGUGGGAGGAGUGGAGGCGCAAGAAAGACAAAUUGCUCAAGGAACUGAUAAGGAAGGGGAUCCCACAUCACUUCCGGGCGAUCGUGUGGCAGUUGUUGGGCAAUGCCACAGACAUGCCAGUGAAGAACCAAUACUCUGAGCUGCUGAAGAUGUCGUCACCCUGCGAGAAGCUCAUCCGGAGGGACAUUGCCCGUACCUAUCCUGAGCAUGAGUUCUUCAAGGGGCAGGACAGUCUUGGCCAGGAGGUCCUCUUCAACGUCAUGAAGGCAUACUCCCUAGUGGAUCGUGAGGUAGGAUACUGUCAAGGCAGUGCCUUCAUCGUUGGGCUGCUUCUCAUGCAGAUGCCAGAGGAGGAGGCAUUCUGUGUGUUUGUGCGGCUGAUGCAGGAGUACAGACUCCGAGAGCUCUUUAAACCGAGUAUGGCAGAGCUGGGCCUCUGCAUAUACCAGUUUGAAUACCUGCUGCAGGAGCAGCUUCCAGAGUUGAAUGUGCAUUUUCGCUCACAGAGUUUCCACACCUCCAUGUACGCUUCAUCAUGGUUCCUCACACUAUUCCUCACCUUCCUGCCUCUGCCAAUUGCCACACGUAUUUUCGAUAUCUUCAUGUAUGAGGGUCUGGAGAUUAUAUUCCGAGUAGGAAUGGCCAUUUUACAGUACAACCAGACCGACCUCAUACAGCUGGACAUGGAGGGCAUGUCACAGCACUUUCAGAAGGUUAUCCCUCACCAGUUUGAUAGCUGCCCUGAUAAACUCAUUCUCCGAGCUUAUCAAAUUAAAUACAACCCCAAGAAGAUGAAAAAAUUGGAAAAGGAGUAUACUACCAUUAAAAACAAAGAGAUGGAGGAACAGAUUGAAAUUAAGCGACUACGCACAGAGAACAGGCUGUUAAAACAGAGGAUUGAGACACUGGAGAAGGAGAGUGCCGCACUGGCAGACAGGUUGAUCCAGGGUCAGGUGACGAGAGCACAGGAAGCGGAGGAGAAUUACGUGAUCAAACGGGAAUUAGCAGUGGUGCGGCAACAGUGCACGACAGCCAGUGAGAGCCUGGAGAGAGCGCAGGACACCAUACGGGACUUGCAGCAACACACGUAUACAGAGCAGUUUGUGAACGGGCUGCAGGCUCAGCUCGAGCAGUCUCGCCUUCAGGAAGCAGAGCUCCUUGGUGCACUGAAGGAGAUGCAGGACAAGGUGCUGGACCUCGAGAAGAGGAGCAGCUCCCUGCCUGACGAAAUGAAUGUAGCGCAGCUUCAAGAGGAGCUGAAACAGGUCAAGCUGAGAGAGCUGGAGACGCUGCGCUCCUUCAGAGAGAUGCAGGAUGUGGUCACUGAACUCAACCAGCGCUGGCAGCACUACACAUCGCGUGGUGGCCACUGGAAAGAGUCUCCUAAGAAAAAUGCCCUGAAUGAAAUGCAGGACAAACUGAUGAGCAUGAGACUGAAAGAGGCUCAGACACAGGCUGAGGUCAAAGAGGUCAAACUUAAAAACCUGCAGCUGGAGAGUCAGAAUCAGAUCUACAGCAAGGCGAUGACCCGUCAUGAGCAGGAGACCGCCGCCCUGCAGGAGAGACUGCAGAAUGCUUUAUCACACAACAAGAGUCUGCAGAGUCAGCUCAACGAAAUGAAGAGGAAACAGGCUGAGUCAGACUGCAAGAGUAAAGAGGAGGUGAUGGCGGUUCGUCUGAGGGAGGCAGACAGUAUGGCGGCCAUGGCUGAACUCCGGCAAAAAAUAGCCGAGCUAGAAUUGCAAAAAGAGGAAGGACUAAUCCAGGGUCAGCUGAAUCAUUCUGACUCCAGACAGUACAUAGAUCAAUUGAGGGAACAGAUUGCUGAGCUCAAGAAUGAGAUAAGGCAGCUACGUGGUCAACCCUCCAAAUUUCAGAACUCCGGGGGUGGAGCCUAUCAGGACCUGUGUCUGGCAAGCCCAGUUUCUGCGGAAGGAGACUACCUGAGUUCAGAUGAUGAUCUCCUGCAGAGCCCGCUGCCUGGCACAGCGCUGUAUCCGCACCACACCUCGACUCAUCUGGACAGCGAGGGCAGCACUGAGAGUGAUGGAGACGAGAGGAACGAACCCCACGCCACCCUUCCGUGUCAAGACACCAUGCCCACCCAGCAGCAGCUUUAUCCAGAAAUGGUGUACACCGAGGGCCCAGAGAACUGAGGGGGGUGCAGAGUGGGGGUUUGGGUGGAGCAGAGCGGGCGGAAGUAUUCAGAGGCAUGUAUUGCCCAUGGACGCCUAUGGACCGAUGAUGGCGAGAGAUUUGAGUACAGACACAUGCACACACGCUGACACACUAACAUGAGGACAGAGCUGAAAGGCAUGACUCUCGGCUGAGUCCAGGAGGAAGUCUGCAUGUAUAUAGAGAACGGACUGACACAGAGGUCAUCCUUCCUUCCCUUCCUGUGUCUCCAUUCUUCCAUCUCUCCUCCUUUCCCUCUGAAAAGUUAAACUGGUUCUGAAAAGUCCACUAACACCCAUCAGCAUCAGCUUUAGGAUGCACACACUCACAUACAUGCACACAAACACACUUCAAGGGCCCUAUUUUCAUGACUAUAAUGCAGAAACAAAAGUAAUACACUUAUAUCUCAGGCAGUAAGAAUGGCAUGAUUGUGAAAAGGGUUUGGGUGUGAAUUAAUACAAUACAAGAAAGGAAGUUGGGUAAAUUUUAUUUAAGAAGCAAGUGUGCGCAGUGGUGUUUUCAUAAUCUCAUUAAGCAUCAUUACGUCUUGUUGACACAUUUAAUUGAUUCUACUCUUCUGUUAAUUACAUGAUGUGUAAAUGAUGCUUUGCUGAUUCACAUUUCGUAGCUACAACUGAUUUGUUCGAUUAGAACAAUUCCAUGUACAGUAGUAUAUAUUUAUUUUGUAUUGUUGCUUAAAGUCAAUAAGCUACAGUCUUGACAUUUGUGAUAAAGAGAGAUAAUGUAGUGACAUCUAAUUUUUCAAAGUAUGUUUGAAAAUACCACUGCAUACGUUCAUUUGGGAUUAUGAUAAAUGUCCAUGCAAACAGGAAAAAAAACUAGCUUAUGUGUAACCAUUAAGUUACCAAAAUAGGGCCCUUACUGUUAUCACUACCGUAAAUUUAGAGCUUGAGAUUUAUUCCUUGGUCAUUCUUUUGACUUAAUCGACUCAACUUCCCAUAAGAGUGAAGAUUUUAACUGUACCACCACACUGAAUGUGUAGCAUCAGUUUUCUGGGAGUUGGACAAUAUGAAUUCGAUACACCUGAGUUGAGAGUGCAGCAGAAAGGCCGAAUAGUGAAUCCACAGUACAAGCCUCUGGCAGAGAACUACUGGGAGCACCAUGAAGUUAAAAAAGGUCAGGAGUAUUAUGUACAUUACGCACACACUUGUCUGUACAGCAGUUUUCUCUCUCCACAGAAGAGCACUUUUGACAUAUCUUGAAACAAACACCAAUCACUUUAUUAGAAGGAAGGGAAAAUACGGACAGAAGCUUGACAUACAUGUUUAUUGUAUGUUAGUAUGUUAAUAGAUGUUAAUAGAUGCGUAGCUGAAAAAUACUAACAGUUAUCUACUGUAGCUAAUCUGUGUUUGUAUGUGUCUCUGCAAAAAAAAAAAAAAAAAAAAAAGCAAUUUUUGGACGGUAAAAGUUCAUUUUGUUGUUGAAAAAGAACACAAAGCUACAAAAACAAUAUCUCAAACUUGCCAAAUUUUACAUGUUAUUUAUGUUUUUUAGCUAGUUUAUUAUUAUUAUUAUUAUUAUUAUUAUUAUUAUUAUUAUUAUUAUUUUAUACAUUUAUUGAGAUCAACAUAAAUAUAAAUACUUUUAAUUUCUCCUCUGUGCCAAAUUGUGGAAGCUGCAAAAUAAUGGCAUUUAAGGUCCUCAUGAAAUGAGAGAAUUUCUAACAUGUGCUGCUAGUAUGAUUUUUAUUUUAUUAUUUUUUAAAGAUAUUCCUUAUGUUUUCAUAUAUGCACAUUUUCUACCAGUCCUAAUCCCAUGUAGUGUCAGUGUGUUAAUGCACACUAUGUGAAUACUUGAGGGUUACUUGAAUUUAAUGUUUUAUAUAUAUAUAAUAUAUA